ACGCAGAGCGCUGCAAUGGCCACCUUCUCAGUGCAGGCACGGCAGUGGUGCAGCAGCGGCCACCUCGCCUCUGCGGCGUCACGGAGACGGUGCUCAGGCCUCUCAUGGAGGUGGCCGCAGCACCAACGAGGCUCCGGGCAAUGCUCACGAGCUCGGCAGCGGCAGCUUUCAGAUUCAGGCGUUGCCGACGACCGGUUGGCCCGGAACCCGGGAAAAUUCCAUCCGUCUGUGUGGGGUGAUUUCUUCAUUUACUAUACCAGCCCGGUGGAUUCCUCCCAGCAACAGGCAUGGAUGGCACAAGCGGAGAAACUGAAGGAAGAUGUGGCAAAUAUAAUAGCAACUUCAGUUACCUGUACCUUGCUCGAGAGGCUGCAACUUAUCGAUGCAUUGGAGCGCCUUUGUGUGAACCACCUUUUCGAAGAGGAGAUUAAUGUUUUGGUAAUGCAAAUAAGCGGCAUAAAUGUCACGGACUGUGAUGAUCUUCACACAGUAGCCCUCUGGUUUUACAUACUUCGUAAACAUGGUUACAGGGUUUCACAAGACGUGUUUGCUAAGUUUAAAGAUCAAGAGGGGUGUUUUGCUGUAAGCAAUCCAAGGGACCUACUAAGCCUAUACAAUGCUGCAUAUCUUGGAACCCAAGGAGAGACAAUACUUGAUGAUGCUAUUUCCUUCACCAGAAUGUGUCUAGAAUCAGCACAUGCAAAUCUGGAAGGGUCAUUAGCUCGUGAAAUAAAAUGUGCGCUUGACAUCCCCUUGCCAAGGAGAGUAAGAAUAUAUGAGGCAAAGGAAUAUAUAUUGAUUUAUGAGCGAGAGCAGGUAACUCAUGAAACGAUACUGGAGUUGGCAAAGUUGAACUCUAAUAUUAUGCAACUCCAUUAUCAGGACGAACUCAAAAUCAUUUCAAGGUGGUGGAAGGAUCUACAAAUUGAAUCAAGACUCUCAUUUGCUCGAGAUAGAAUUGUCGAAUGCUAUUUUUGGAUAGUAGGAGUGUAUUAUGAACCACGAUACUCACGAGGCAGAAUUAUUUUGACAAUGGUAAUUGCAAUUGUGACACUCCUGGAUGAUAUUUAUGAUAUAUAUGGGUCUUCGGAGGACUGUGAACUUUUUACUAGGUGUAUGGAAAGAUGGGAUCAAGAGGCUGCCCAUGAUAUCCCAGAAUACAUGAAGUUUGUUUAUAGAAAAGUUUUAGAUGCCUAUAAAUACAUGGAAGAUCUCUUGGCAGAGGAGGAGAAGUUCCGCAUAUCCUACCUAAGAAACUUAACAAUAGAAUUGGUUAGAGCAUUUAAUACAGAAGUGAAAUGGCGUGAUGCAAGAUAUGUCCCUGCUAGUGUUGAGGAACACCUACAUAUUUCAACAAGGUCAGGCGGAUGUUACCUUUUAUCAUGUGCUUCCUUGGUUGGAAUGGAUCAUAUUGCAACAAAGGAAUCAUUUAUUUGGGUUUCCAGCGCACCUAAAAUAGUACGUGCACUUUGCAUAAUUUUGAGACUGUCCGAUGAUCUCGAGACAUAUGAGAGAGAGCAAGUUACACUACAUGUUGCUUCAACAAUCAAUAGCUACAUGAAGGAGCACAAUGUUUCAAUUGAAAGUGCAUGUGAAAAGAUCAAGGAACUAAUAGAAGACACAUGGAAAGAUUUUAACGAUGAGUGGUUAACCCUUGGUAAUGUUCAGCAAAAGCAAUUACUUGAGAGGAUUUUCAACCUGGCAAGGACAAUGGAGUUUAUGUACAAACAAGAAGACAAGUUCACUAAUUCCCAUAGCCUAAGAGAUAGGAUACAAUCGUUGUUCAUCGAGAUUUUGUACUCACCUAAUGAUAGUUAACGAAUAGACAAGAAUAUCAUCUUAUGCACCAAUGUAUGUCAUGUAUUACAUAGAUUACAAGAGUGUACUAUUGUUAAUUUUUAUGUUAUUUGUUCUAAAUAAGUAAUGCCUUGGUUUUGUAACAGCCAUGUACCUAAAUAAUUAUGUAUUACAUAUAUUGGAUUGAAACUUCAGUGACCUGAAGCCUUGU